UGUGUGUUGUGUGUGUUUUGUUUAUGUAAAAUAUGUAAACAAAUAAAGCGCAUUGAGAGAGAAAAGUUUGUAAAUAGUUUGUAAGUGCAAAAGUGUUUUUUUGUAUUUUGCCAGUUGGUGAAUUAAAUAAAAAGCAAAUAACAAAUGAGCACAACCGAUUUGGAUCUGGAGUCGUGUGCACUGCUGACCGGCGAAGCCGACGAAACUGCUGCAACUGGCGACUGCUCCAAUUCCUUGCUUGUCACAGAUCCCGCCAACGUCAACGUCAACGCUUCCGCAUCCGCAUCCGCUUCCGGCACUGUCAGGACACGCACUAAGCAGCGCAUCAGUUUAAAUUCAAAACGUCGACGCAGCCGCAUGUCAAGACGCGCUAAUCUCAUUGGCAUCUGUGGCGUUAGCAGUUUGUGCAUACUGCUGCUGAUUGCCACCACACAGCACAGACCGCUAACCUCACCAUUUGGUAGCAGCUCCAGCUCCAGCAGCGGCGGCAACGGCAAUGGAGCUGCCAGCAAUCUGCUGACACGCAAUGGUGGCGGCUACUAUGAGCGACUGCAGCAGCCGUCACAAACUGCCGCCAUUAUUUACAAUAUGACAGCGACCAUAGUGGAUGUCCUGGCGGCGCAACGCGCUCGCAUUCUCACCGAAAUGGAGAAUUUCGAAUAUCCGCGUGGCGGCGCCGAGAAACUCAACGAUAUGACGCCGGAAACCCAGGGCACACCCGUGCGCAGCAUUGUCGUCACCAGCUGGCGUUCGGGCUCCACAUUUCUGGGCGACAUUCUGAAUGCGAUUCCGGGCAAUUAUUAUCACUAUGAACCGUUGCUGGACUUUGGCAUCAAGCAGGUGCGUGAUCCGGACGAUCAGCAGUUGGCCGUACAAAAUCUGAAGAAUCUGCUCAAUUGUGAUUACGGUGACAUGACCGAUUACUUGGAAUAUGGCAAGACGCAUACGUAUCUCUUCGAACACAAUCAGCGGCUGUGGGACGUUUGUCGUGAGUUUCCACGUUUCUGUUGGCGUCCCGCCUUCCUUACGCCCUUCUGCCGACUGUUUCCCAUACAGAGCAUGAAGACGGUGCGACUGCGUCUCGCUCAGGCCGAGCAGCUGCUGCAGGAUAGUGCAUCCAAUGUGCGAAUUGUGCUACUAGUGCGGGAUCCGCGGGGCACAAUGCAAUCGCGUCGCCAUCGCGUCUGGUGCGGCGGCAAUGAGGACUGCGAGGAACCAGCACUGGUCUGCCAGGAUCUCGUUGAUGACUACAAGACGGCUGAGAAGCUGCUCAAGACGUAUCCAACGCGUUUUAGAACUUUGCGCUAUGAGGAUUUGUCACUGAAUCCCUAUGAUAUGACCCAGGACAUUUUGCAGUUUUAUGGCUUGCCUUUUGAUCCUGCUGUCGAGGACUUCCUGGACACACAUACAAAGGAGAACAAAGGUGGCGUUAGUUCCACAUAUCGUGAUUCCAGAUCGGCGCCAUUCCACUGGAAGCUGGAUCUCAAGGCUGAAGAGAUCAAGCAAAUUCAGGACGUUUGCGUGGAGGCCAUGGAUCUGUGGGGUUAUCGUCGCAUGGCCAAUUUCAGCAAUUUUGCUAUGGUGCAGCAGACCUUCGAUCCGAUCGUGUUGCCGCCUCCGUUUACGUGAAUGGUGUAAUUCUGUGCGAACUGAUAACGAUAACUAAUUCUUCUACUUGGUACAUUUUGUUGUGAUAUCGUCGUGUUGAGCGAGCAAAAAGAAAUUAUAUAGAAAUGCAUUAGCUAACGGUUUUUUGUAGCGGGCACAUAUUUUUGUUGCUAAACACGCAAAACACACACUUACUGAGCAAUAGUUAAUGAUAUACCACAUACGAUAUACUAUAAAUAUACAUACACAAUAUGACUUAUACAA